GGUCAAAAGAAAUGUUUUGUUCGAUCCGCAACAAAAUGUUUCAUUUCAACGUCGAGCAUUUUUUUACUUUAAAAAACCCCAACCCAUUUUUAAUUGAAAAAUCAAAUUGUUUUUGUUUCAAAGAGGUUGAAACAAGAUGUUCUGAUUUCCUGCCCCCCCAUCCUCCUCGAAUUGUUUAAAGGCUCUUUCAACCAAAUCGGUUUGGCACAAUCGACAGGAAUUCACGAAAGGUUGACCCAAAUUUUUCAUUUUUUUGCAACAGAAAAUGGCUGAGAAACGUCACUCGGCUGUACUUCGCACCAUUCUUCUGGACAUGACCGAGCAUGUGAAGAAGUGUGGGCUUUACUGCUGCUGUGCCACAGUGCCUGCUGAAUGCUUGUCAUCACAGCGGUAGGAACCUGCUCUGAAGCUUAUAUAUGCUGGAGAGGGAAUUACAGCAACCAGGGCACAACGUUAUAAAUAUCCAGUGAGACUUGCAUACCAAACCCCCGAUGUUUGUGUAAGUAUAUAAAACACUGACAAUAAGACUCGGAUUUUUUUGGCCAGCCAAGGAAAUAAAUGCUCAGAAGACUCCAUGCUUUUGAUGGAGUUAUACUCAGGAAAAAGAAAUAGGUGUGUUCAUAAAAGUGGGUAGGAUCAAAGUAGUAAUAAGUAUGUGCUGUAUAUUGUAGGCACAGGUAUGUAAAUACAUAUGUAUACUGACUGAAUAAGGUCUCCAGUGACCCCUUCAUCAGCAAAUCUGAGGUUGUCUACACCAUCCCCAUCCUCUUCAAUCUUCUCUGCUGCUUUUGACACUAUCACUUUUCCUCUUCUUGACAUUGUGACCUCACUGAGUUUGAGAUCCUCUCCUCUCCUGGUCUCCUACCUCUCUACCUGUUUUUCAACGUUUGGUGGCUUAGGGCAGUAUAUAUAGCAGAGUGCUGCUGGUAGAGAGAGUAGUACAAAUCAGAGAGUGAGGGAAACGAGAUAAGGAGCCUUAAAAGGUAAAAAGAUUGGGAAUAACAAAUGGUGAGGAAGCCAGGGACAAUGAAAACAGAUCUAGUUGGCAAGUGAGAUUACGUUGGGCCUUAUGCGGCUGAGACAUGAAACCCACUUCUCGCACCCUCAAUAGCUCAGGCUCUCACUUUGCUUUUAUUCUGCCUGCCUUCUCAGUUGCCUUCUCUCAUAAGUGUCUCGCUGUGCUAAUCUCCAGCAUCACCUAUAACCUAUAGUUAGACAAACAAUGCAGUAAACAUGACUAACUAGGUCUGGCUAUUUAGUUACAAUCAAGCAGGAAAAACUUUCAUGCCAUCUACUCAGACCGACAGUGCAUGAUUUCAUCCUCUUUUUGUCAUGCCCUAACAUCAUGUCAGUCCCUCUGUGAGCUUCCAUUAAUAGCCCCUGUCUCCAUGUGUUAGCAAUGAUCAUUUCCCUCCCCCCCCCCCCAUUUAUAAUGUCUUGGUCAGCUCAAGGUGUUAAGUCUUGAUUGCCAUUGUGCACUUUGCUGCUUCUGUUAGCUCAAGACUCAUAGAUUCAUAGAUAUUAAGGUCAGAAGGGACCAUUAUGAUCAUCUAGACCUCCUGCACAAUGCAGGCCACAGACUCAGUACACAUUGCAUUGUCAGGUUACAGUCUUUGCUUUACAUUCAUUAUCCUCAUGAAAUACAGUCUUUAAUUCAUGGCUUCCUAAUUUCACACAGGUGUAUAUUGAACACUGCAAUGGGCUUUUUAUGUAUUUCAAAGAAUUCUUCUGAGUCUAUGUAAAGGGCUCUUGAAUAAACAGACUUUGCACAUCACAACCAAUUUGGUGUUUUGCCGGAGUUACCUCUGACACUGGAUCUUUUUCAAAAGAUCUCCAUACACCCAUUCUCCUCUCCGAUGUCUCUGGGAAUACAUCCCGCUUUAGGAGAACCUUUGUUGGAUGUUAAUGCUUCCUCCUACUCUUCAGGUUUUUCAGGCUCAAUUGUCUGAUAAAAUCACUUUUUUAGACUCAGAAUUAUUUUUUCUUACCUAUUUAUAGCAAAUAGUUUAUAGCAGAUUGUCAGGGCUCUGAAUGUCACAACUUGUUUGACUUUCCUUAAGCAGCUUUGGGUCUGAUACUGAAAAUUGAGAUUUUAAUGAACAGAGAAGGAAUGAAGCACAACUAAGUAUUUCCAGAUGUGCCCCCAUGGUCCCUCUUCACAACACUGACACCAACUUCAAGUCAGAAUGCUAAAGGUGUAGGUGCUACCCCAGGAAUGGGGCGAUAUACUAAAGCUGACCCUUCUGUGCUGUUCCUAUAGGUUGUUGUUACAUUACAAGUCUCCUCCUUUGGAAUAAGGCCUAAAACCUUUCCACCAGCUCUGGUGGAUAUCGAGGUGGAAGUAACGAAUGGGUGCUGCUGCAAAUCACUACAGAUGUUAUAGGCAACAACCCCCAAAAAGCCCAGCUGAGUUUCAGGCUAGAGUGUAGAAUGGAGAUGAUCAAAAAAGUUUUCUUAAACAAGUGCUUUCCUUGUCUAGAAUCACCCUGGCUGGCUCCAGAAAUUGGAAACCAAGCAAGCAAAUAAAUAAAUAAUCCUGAAGCAGUGUGGACUGACAACCAGAUAAGCAGGGCAGACUGGACUUGAUCCAAAACCUUCUAACAGCAAAGGUUGCUUCUUGACCCUCGUCAUUUAACAGCUUGUGUUUGUAUUAAAGCUUAUUGCAAGAACAAAGAAGAUUUUAGACUGAUGUUGCACAUUGAAAUAAUGUUUUGGUUUGCUUUUUAAAGAAGGCCCCUAGGAGGAAAAUCUUGUACUUUUCAUUGUGAAGCAAAAAACGAAGACAAAUAUGCUUCACAUUUGCUCAAGGUUCCUGCAGUCCAGACAAACUAAACUGAUUAUUCUUCCUAGUCUUGUUUUGUUUGUUUGUUUCCAGGAGAUGUCACUGUUAUGCAGCUAUGUGUGCAAUUUCUGUCUGAUAAAAACUAAUGACUAUAUAAAGAGAUUUGUUAGUAUUAGAUUCUCCAUAUUAGUAGCAAAACUCUGUGCCUUCUUCAUAGCCUUACUGGAAAAAGUUUGGUUAGGUAAGCUUUAACAGGGAAUUGCUUUUAAAAAACAUUGAUGAGCAAUUUUUUGCUCAUGCUAAUGUAUAGUGUUGUCCAGUGGUAUGGAGCAGAAUAACGAUCAAGGCUCUGCUACUUACUUGCUAUGUGGCCUUGGGCAAAUUUCCUUAAUUCCUCUGUGCCUCCGUUUCCCUAUCUUUAUCAAUAGUAUUAAAAUACCUUCCUUUCUCUCAGGAGUUUUGUGAGGCUUCAUUAAUGUUUCUAAAACUUUGAGAUCCCCUGAAAAGUGCUAUAAACAUGCAAAUUAUUAUGGCUGCAUUACUUAAAGCCAUCACAGAUGGGAUGAAAUGCCAAAUUGUGCAUAGAUUUCAGCAAUCUAAAAAUAAACUCAACACUGAAAAUAGAUUUCCUCUUUUGCUGUAGUCCUCUUCAAAAUGACACAAAUGUGGCUUGAUUCCCCCCAUCAGGUGCCCAUCUUAUAAGAUUCAAGGAAAACUCCAAUAUCAACAAUCUUUUACAUGGAUCCUGCCAAAAACUAAAUUAACAUCACCGGGGGCAGUGUGGGAGGCCUUCUCUAAUGGAGGCAAGAAACCAACACCUCCUAUGUGAACUGUGGGCCUGUAAUGUGGAUACUUGACCAAUUUAUGUCUGAUAAAAGUUAGUGACAAGAUAAAGGGAUUUGUUAAUGUGUUAGAUUUCCCCGUUUUAUUUGCAAAACUUUGGGAUGACUUUGCCUUACUGGGAGAAUGGGGGUUAGGCAAGCUUUAACAGGGAAUAGCUUAAAUAAAAUCAUGAGCACGAACUCCUGGCUGUCUUACAUAGGCAUUAAAUCUGUUUGCACUUAAUUCCUCCUGUGCCUGGUUUAUCUCUGUCCUUCAAACUUGAUUUGGUAGAAUACUUUGUUUUCAGAGCGGUCAGCCAGCAUUAAACUGUAGCUUUUUCUUUGCCCCUUCCCCCACUUUUUCUCCCUCCUCCAGCCUUAGUCCUGGUCUACACUUUGAAAUUAGGGAAGUAUAACUAUGUUGCUUAAGGGUGUGAAAAAUAUAACUGUUAGUAGUACUAGUGGGAAAGGCUGUGGGAAAGGUAGUAAUACUACUGGAUCUGAUAUUUAUACCAUUAUACACUUCUUAGCUGGAGCUAUAGGCCCACUCGCCAUUGAAUCAGGCAAAAACAUACAUGGGCACUGAUUAGCAGUUCUUAAUCAAGGGGGUCUGGAUUAUUUUCCAUCACUUUAAACUUCAGGUCUGUAUCUCCAGUCAUUCAUCAUUUUAAAGGACUCUCCCAUCCACAACAGACAUGCUUUAGACUAAAAGACUAAAGUUUAGAGGCAGAAGGGCUAUCUUCAAAUUUCAUGUAAAGACGUGUGUGUGUAAGUGUAAUUUCUGGGGGAGGAGGCGGUUUCACUUUCUAAUCUGGGGGUUGUUUCAGCUGUUGGGACCCCAUUGUGACAUCAGGCCUGAGCAUGCAAUGAUGUCAUCAGCAUUCAGCUGUGAACAACCUUGUGGCACUUCUGAAUUCAACAGAGAAGGAGAAUUUUUCUCGCUCCUUCCCCUCAACCCCAAAUGAACUGCUUGGGAAGUCACUGCUUCAGUGUGACUGAGGAGGCCCCACUGCCCGACAUCCAAGCGCCGCUUCUCCUCUCCCUAAUAACACCUGAAGAUGGGACCUUUUUUCUUUCUGCUCUUCGGAACAAAAAGACAACAGAGCCCGUAACAACUCAGCCGACUCAUGGGGUUGGCACGUCCACCAUCACAACAGUCAUACGGACCGGAGGAAACUGGACCACUGGUCUCUUUGGUAUCUGCAGUGACAAGAGUGUUUGUGUCUGUGGUGCCUUGUGUAGUCCAUGUCUAGAAUGCAACCUUGCAAGGCACUAUGAGGAGUGCCUGUGUUUCCCAUUGCUGCCAGGUUCCACCUUAGCGUUGAGAGUCGGCGCCAGAGAGAAAUACAAGAUACGAGGAACCCUGUGUGAAGACUGGAUGGCAGUUCAUUGCUGCUGGCCUUUUGCUGUUUGCCAAGUGGCCCGAGAGCUGAAGAGGAGGGCUACGACCCAGAUCUAUGAAAUAAACACUGCUCCUACAGCUAAAGAUACCCUAGUUUAAAAAUUCCCAGCCACAAAGCUUGACUCAUGAUACUUCCCCCUCCUGCCAAUGUAAAAUACCUUAUUUUUAGAAAUAAAAUGCAUUUGUGUCUUACA